AUGGGCUCGAGCGACGAGAUUGACCGCGCAAGUGGGCGCAAGAUCGAAGUCAGCGAAGUCAGCGAAGUUCAGGUCCCGCAGUACAGUGACAAGGAAUACGAUCACGUCAAGCGAAAAGCAGACAGAUAUCUCCUCCCUCUUAUGUGGCUUUGCCACGGGCUCCAGUCCAUCGACAAGUCCUCAGUCAGUACGCAGGCCAUCUUCGGCCUGCGAGAGGACACCGGCCUGGUCGGCCAGCAGUACUCCUGGCUGGUUACUAUCUUCUACCUGACGUACCUGUGCUUCGAGCUGCCGACGCUGAUCCUGCUGCAGCGGUACCCCAUGGGCCGGGUGCUGUCGCUGUACAUCCUGUGCUGGGGGUGCGUCGUGCUGAGCAUCGGGUUCGCGCAAAACUUUGUUCAGCUCGUCACGCUGCGCGCGCUGCAGGGCCUGUUCGAGUGCUGCAUUAGCCCGGGGUUCAUGCUCGUCGUCGGGAACUGGUACACCACGCGCGAGCACGCCUCGCGGUCCCUGGUCUUCCAGAGCGCGUACUCCGGCCUCGGGCUCUUCACUGAUUCCGUGCUGUACGGGAUCGGGACCAUCUCGUACAAGCACCCUGGUGUUGAGGCUUGGAGAUACAUGUCCUAUUUCCUGGGCGGCAUCACCAUCGUGACAGGAGUAUUCUUCCUCCUCUUCUUCGGCACGCCAUCCGAAGUGCGCUGGCUGUCCGCGGACGAGAAGAAGAUAGCGGCGGCGCGUAUCCUGGCCAACAACGCCGGCCACGACCAAACAGGAACGCAGGAGUGGAACUGGGGACAGGUCAGAGAGUGUCUGGUGGAUCCCAUCUUUUGGUUUGCCGGCUUGAACGGCUUUCUGGGCUCGGUCCCAAACGGUGCGUUGACGACGUUCUCGGCCAUUUUGAACACUACCUUUGGGUUCACAAAUCUACAAGUGAUCCUCUUGAACCUGCCACGAUAUGUGUUUACCCUUUUAUACUUUGCCGCCGUUGGAGUGUUGGCUACUAAGAGGGAGAACGUUCGGAUGUGGUUCAUGAUGUUUUCCGUGAUCCCCGCCUUCGUCGGCUUCCUCGUGAUGGGUCUUCUUCCAAACGAGCCGCAAUACAAAUGGACUAAGUGGGGUGGAUAUUUCAUGACAAGUCCUUACAUUAUUUCCACGUUCCUUGCGUGGACGUUGAUUCCGUCGAAUGUGGCCGGGCGAACCAAACGGACCGUUGUGUCCUCGUUUACCUUCGUGGGGUACUGCGCUGGAAAUAUGGCCGGGUCGCAAAUCUUCCAAGCCAAGGAUGCGCCCGGAUACAUACCGGGGAUCAUUGGAUGCGCAGCAUGCUUGGGAGUUCAGAUACUCCUGAUAUUCCUCUGGCGAACUAUUCUCGUGAUGCGCAAUGCGCGCAGAGAGAGGCGAAUGAGCGAGCUAGGAAUAUCAGAAGAGGAAGGGGUGAACAUUGGACAAGAGAUGGGUCAACAGGACCGUACGGAUCUUGAGAAUCCAUAUUUUCGAUACGUGACAUAA